GAGGGCGCAACGAAUGGCGCGAACAUUAGAAUAAUGGCUGCUACUUCAUCUCAGAACGCCAUCACCUUGAAGGGAUCGACGGAGAUUGUUUCAGAAUUCUUUUGGUAUGGAAUCAACAGCAUACUGUACCAGCGAGGAAUCUACCCUCCUGAAGAUUUUACUCGAGUACAACAAUAUGGUCUGACUCUGCUGGUCUCUUCAGAUGAUGCUCUCAAAAACUACCUUAAUGAAGUGCUGUCACAUGUCAAAAAAUGGCUGUUAAGUAUGACGGUGAAGAAACUGGUUGUUGUCAUUAAGGACAUAGACACCAACGAGGUGAUGGAACGCUGGCAGUUUGACGUGGAGUGUGACAAAACUGUUUUAGAAGAAAGUAAACCAAGAGAAAAGUCUGUGAAAGAGAUAAACAAAGAAAUAUGUUCUGUGAUACGACAAAUAACAGCGUCCGUGACUUUCCUGCCUUUGCUGGAGAGCGCCUGUGCAUUUGACUUACUGGUAUAUACCGACAAGGAUGUGGAGGUGCCCAGCUCCUGGGGAGAGGACGGCCCUCACUUCAUUGCCAACUCCGAGGAAGUGAGACUGCGCUCUUUCUCCACCAGCAUACACAAGCUUGACACUAUGGUGGCUUAUAAAAAGACGGACUGAGAGCUACAAUGAUUUGCCAACCAACAAUGUGCAUUGCUGACACUUGACUGUGUCUAUAAUGGUUUUGAGCCCUGAAAAAAACAGUGGACCAUAUGAAGAAACUUGCUUUCUACCUAUUCACUGAGAUGGUUUGAUCACUGCUUUGCAGCUCACAGUGUUUUGUGGAAGUAUGAGGAAAUGUACUAUCCUGUCUGACUAUGUAAAAAGAGGCAAAGACAUUUUUUUUUUCGAGGCCAAAUUUGCAUGAAGGUUUGGGUUAUAAAUUUCUUCAUAAAAAUAUUUGUAAUGUUUUGCUCUGCUGUGUAAAGAUCUCAAAAUCUGGUCAUACUAAAUAUUUAAUUUUCAGAGUUUUGGUAUUCUUAGUGCUAUUUCAAGUUGCUAUACUGUAUGAAAACCUUGUGAUUUGGCUGCUUAUUGCAUUUGGCAUACUGUAAUGCAUUGUGCUUCGGUAUCUUGUGUGACUAUGAGACCUGUAGCUUGAUUAUCUCACUAUGAUUGUCAGUGUGCAAUAAUAGUGUGUGUUUUUUCAUGCAACAAAAAAAUACUGCAAUAAAAAGCAUGUUUGAGAUUGGCAAUAGCAUAAAGAAAUGGUUUCAAAACUGAAACUAAUUUAGUAAAGGUAAGAUAUAUUUGUAAUAUUUGCAUUGUCUAUGUAUUAUAUGUUAAUGACUGAGUGAGAGAGUUUGUGCAUGUCUGUAGCACAAAAGCUUGUGUAAAAGAUAUCUCAUGAACUCUGCAAUCAAUGUAGCUCUUUUAUUAAAGCACCAUUGCAUCAUGACAUCAAAUUCUACAUGUGGUUGGAGUAAGUGAUCGGUCAAAGUUGAAAGGUCAAAUGUCACUCUUUAACAUUUGAUAGACUGCAUAAGAGAUGCAUACUCAUGAGAGACAGUGGGAUAUAUAUAUACGUUGACUCCAGCUCACUUUGCUUCUUUUUUUUUCUUUUUUUUUUUUCAAAAUUCUUGAGGUUAUUUGAUUAUGUUCACCCUAAUUAUUUUAAGAUGGUAACAAAAUAGAGUCAAUGUAAAUCUGAGUGUUUCAUUCCUGUUAAGAAAAUACAAAUUUCAUUAACCAAAUCAGGAUGCAGCAUGCUAAUCAUUGCAAAAGAUUCUUCUAUAUGAUUCAGUUUGUAGUCAACACAGUCAAUAUACUUCAUAGUAUUACCAAAUGGUCUUCUUGCACUAGCUGUCAGGACAGCCAGAACUUUCUACUAAUGAAAUCUAUUGGUGUCAGAAGCCAUUUUGUGACGAGUGGACUAGAAACCAUUUUGUGACGAGUGGACUGGAGCCACCGGAGGGUAGUAGAAUGUACCACAUAGUGUGCAAAUGUCUAUCAUUUCAGAUGUGGUGUACAUAGGCUUAGUAUUGAAGCUACUCCAGUAUUUGAGGAGGAAUGAAUCUUUUAACAAAUGUAAGACUAUGUAUUGGGAAUGAUCAGUCACAUGAAUAAUGCGGUCAAUAUCUCUGCCUGUGUAAAAGUUUAAAAGAAAACAAGCAAGUAAUUGCAUAUUUUGGUGCUGGAAAGGGUCCAUGGGCCAUAUGUACAUAAAAGUUUUCAAUGUCCCAUAUAGACAAUUUGAAAGCCUUUAGACGAAGACCAAAUUGCACAUAAUUAGAUAAAGUGUUAGGUCGGAACGGAGUCAUGGGCCAUAUUCAUAUAGAAUGUUCAUGAAUAUGACCAUAAAAAUUUUGAAAAUAUUAAUGAAACUAUAAAGAACAGUAAUAAAAGGCCCAUAUAUCAGUGGCAUACCUGGAGUCACCCUUCCAGUUCCAGGUAAUGAUCUUGUAAAUUGUGUUAUUUCAGAGUGUGUAUAUCAAAGUUAUAAUAAAUAGUUCUGUUAUUUCCGUACUUGUACGUGCUUUCUAUGGAAAUGUGUUACAAUUUGUUGAUUAUUGUCAUUUUGUGAACAUUUUAGUGAUUUUCGCUGUAAUUAGCAAAACAAGAUGAGUGCAUGUCAAGGUCCUAACCUAACGUUAGAUAUACUUCUUUCUUUUUCUGAAAUCCUUUCUCUUCCAUUUUCUUCCUCUUAUAAUAUCUUGAUCUUAUAAUAUGCUCAUCAAGGGUUGAAUCAUAUAGCAUUGUAGUGUAGAGAAUGUUAAUUGGUUUUAGUGCUGUUACGUGAAUUCACGAUUGCAAUCCUAAGUGUUCACACAAAGGAACUAAAAUCUGUAAAAUUUAAGCAAUAUGCCAGGGACUUUAAAACCAAAUUAAGUUGGUGCGUGUGUUUCAUGGUAUUCUGGUUGGUUAAUUUUCUUUUGUAAUAAAUAUUGAUCAAUGAUUUACAUCUGGAUACGAGGUGUACUCAGUUUAGUUGAUUAAAUGCAGGUUUAUCCUGCUUCAGAUGGCUGUGUGAUACUACUGAAGUUAAUAAUAAAAUAAUCACUGAUGAAAA